AUGGGUAUUUUUGGUACUUCAAAGGCUGAAGAAGAUCAGCUCAGACAAGCAUAUAUUGCAGAUGAUGAUGGUCGUUCCCCAAGGCAAUCCUUCAUUUCCAGUAAUAGCUCAUCCGCUUAUGUUACAGCUGAUGAACAGAUGAGUGAGUAUGAAGAUCAAUCCACAACUGAUCUGCAAGCUUACCAAAGUGCAUUACUGAGUGCAAGAGAAACUCAAAUCUAUGAUGAUGAAGAUGAAACUGAUAGAACUAUUAAUCAAAUUGCAACUGACGAACAAGUAUCAUUAGCUGAAUCUAUAAUUACCGUUGAACUACAACCAGUUGCCCCCCCAGAACCACCAAUUGAACAAUCGCAAGAAGAAUUAAGCGAUAAAGAACUUCCAGUUCCAGAAAUUAUCGUUGACAAUGACCAAUCAACCAAAGAAUCAUCCUCACAUAUGUCUGAUCGUUCCAAUGGUGUGGAAACUUAUUCCCCCGGCAUGGAUGAAACUUAUUCCCCCGACAUGGAUGAAAAUGAGCUUAAUAGAAAAUUCACCCUUGAAAGAAUCUCAUCCAGAAAAUCAAUUGCUGAAAUGGCCCAUGAAGAAAUCUCCCAAGAAUAUGCCCCAUCCGAACACAAAUCAAUCCCCACCGAGGAAAAAGUAUGGGAAGUCAAAGAAUUAGAUUUUGAUGGACCUGAUGACAUUGCAAACCCUCACAAUUGGCCAAGUUGGAAAAAAUGGAUGGUAACUUAUACAGUUGCGAUGUUAUGUCUUUGUUCCUCAUUAGGUUCAUCCAUGUUUGUCGGUAGUGUACCAGAUCUCAUGAUGAGUUUUGGAUCUUCUCAAGAAUUAACCAUUUCAGGAGUGACUUUCUACGUGCUUGGCCUUGCCUUUGGUCCCGCUGUUACUGCUCCAUUAUCUGAAGUGUUUGGUAGAAGAUGGAUCUAUAUCCUUUCCCUUCCAGUUGCUAUGUUAUUCACUAUGGGUGUUGGUCUUGCCCAAAACAUUCAUACUAUUUUGGUUUUAAGAAUCUUUUGUGGAUUCUUUGCCAGUCCAGCAUUAGCUAUCGCCGGUGGGACAAUUAGUGAUAUUUGGUCCAAAGAACCUCUGGAACAAUCGUUUGCUGUGGCGAUCUUCUGCUUAUGUCCAUUCCUUGGUCCUGUAUUGGGUCCAAUUAUUGGUGGUUUCGCAGCUGAACAUAAGGAUUGGAAAUGGUCGGCUUCUUGGGUCUUGCUUAUGUUCUUUGGGGCAAUUUGGCCAUUUGUUAUCUUUUCUCCUGAGACCUAUAAACCAAUCAUUCUUAAGAAUAGAGCAAUUAAAAGGGGUCUUAAUGUUAAUGCACCAAAAGUUAACUCCGCAUUCAUCAAGAGAAUCAUUUUCUUUGAUUUAUUAAGGCCAGUUGAAUUAUUAUUCAGAGAUCCAAUUGUAUUCUUCAUGUCACUUUAUAUUUCAUUCAUUUUCGCUGUGCUUUUUGCAUUCUUCGAAGCAUUCCCAAUUAUCUUCAGAGGCAUUUAUGGAAUGGGUUUAGGUGUGUCAGGAUUACCUUUCUUAUCCGUCAUGGUUGGAGAAAUCGCCGCUGUUAUUCUUUAUGUCAUCUUGGAUAAAACCAUCUAUUUCCGCAAAAACCCCGAUGGAACCCGUGGUAAGAGAGACGAAAAUGGGAAUUUCAUCUGGGAUGCUCCAGAAACCAAAUUAUUAGUGGGAAAAAUUGGUUCCGUCUUCCUUCCAAUUUCUUUAUUCUGGUUAGGUUGGUCUUCCAAGGCAUCAGUCAGUUAUUGGGCCCCAUUAGUUUCAGGAGCACCAUUUGGAUUCGGUCUUAUUCUCAUCUUCCUUUCUGUCGUUCUUUAUUUCUCCAUGUCGUUUCCUCCAAUUAAUGUUGCCCUGGCCAUUGCUGCAAAUAACUUGUUGAGAUAUUUAUUGGCUAGUGUGUUCCCAUUAUUCACUGUUCAAUGUUUUGAAAAUUUGGGAGUUGAUUGGGCGUCUAGUUUGUUUGCAUUUAUUGCCUUGGCUAUGGUACCUGUUCCAUUUGUGUUUGGAUAUUUUGGUCCUAGAUUGAGAGCUAGAAGUAGAUAUGGAUACGCUGCUUAUUUUAAAAAGUUAGCUGAAGAAAAAGCUGCUGCUGAAGCUGCUGCUGCUAGUAAUGAGAAGGAAGUAGUGGAGAUUACUGGGGAUUCAGCUAAUAAGGUUUAG